AUGAAUUCACCGCACCAUCACGCUGAUUCACACCGCCAGGGUACAAUUUUCCGCACCUUUUACAUUCCGUGUGUUUGGGUGUUCUGUCUUGCCUUUCACCUGGCCACGUACAUAUCCUGGUUUCGAGGAAGCUGCCCAGUCCAGUGCAACUCUCGUUGCACGGUGCCGCCCGCCUGGAUAUCGUUCUGCUGGGCAGCCUUCACUAGACCCAAGCAGGAGCCAAUCCCGGAACUUUGCAGCAACAGCUGUGCGAGAAUCUUAUCUUUGCAUUGGACAUCCAUAGAAAGCGCGCACCUCCGCUAUGUUUAUCCAUGCUUCCACAUCAUACAGGCCAUCGGCGAAGUGACCCAGGAGAGUGACCAUCUUGGUGCUUGUGUGUCGCUCGCCCUUGCUCUCUUCUGGAUCCUGUUGUGCCAAGCUUUCAAUGUGGUGCUGCCCGUUUUGGAGCAGUGGCGUGGAAGCUCGUCUGAGGACGACGUGCAGAGGUGUUCCGCGGUGUGGAGGGGGCUGUUCUGUGCAUCGUUAUGCAACUCGAUCUACUCCUUCCGGCUUCUUCUGGGCGGCUCGGACGUGGACUUCAGAAUGGUGGAAGUUCAGUUUCAUCUCAUCAUGUUUUUCUUCGCGCUUGGAGUGGUCUUCACCUUUGUCCAUCACUGCGACUUCGAAAAGAUCCUGCAGUCGCCGACCAUAUGCCUGUGGCAGUUCAUGCUCUUACUGACGAUCGUGUGGAUCAUCUGCCACGGUGCCGUGAAGGAUGGGAUGGCGACAGCCAAGACAGCUUUCAACUUUGGCCUCCUCCUCGAGCAUGUCUUGCUGAUGCUGUCAUCAGCUCUUGUGAUGAUCGUUGUUCACCGCCAGGGAACAGACCGCAAGGCCGCAGGGCUAGUCUGA